UGAGUUCUUAUUGUAGGUAUAUGAUGCCCAGAUCUUCUCAACCGGAAAGGCAUCAGAUAAUUAAAAUCGCAACAAAUUCGUUACCUACGUCAUUAGUUUGAACAAUGUGUCCAACUUCUCAAGUUUAAGAAUAAACAAAAUGUACAUGAAUACUAUUAACAUAAUGAUAAACUAGUUAAAUAUAUGCCGUCGGAAACUACUGACCACGUCAUGGGUCGUCGCCUAAUUUCAAUUCCACUAAGGGAUUGUCCACGACCAUAAUCAACGAGGCUAAAAAAAAGAAUGAUAAGGGGUUUUCCGGCGCGCAAAUAAAACUAUUUGGAGAGAGCAGAUAGCUAUUAUAAGGAUAUUUAUUUAAAAUACAAAAUAGAGGUUAAGCAGUUCCAGUCAUGGUGUCUGUCAUGUGCUGCAUCCGCUUUAUUGUUGUCAUUUCGUUUUUGGAUACUUCGCACUUUAUAUUAGCACAAUGGGCCAUAGACGACAGAGGAUGCAGAACUCCAAACGAAGGAGUAGGAGACUGUAUACCAAUAGCACGAUGUCAACCAAUCCUAAACGUUCUACUACAAAGUUUUCCACUUCCCGAACACAUUGCUGAAGAGUUACAACUGUACAGCUGUGGAGUGACGGAAACACGCCGCGUGAAGGUGUGCUGUCCGUACGAUGUGGAUACUCUAAACUACUUAAUACUUCCAUCUACACGCACGCAAGCAAGCAAAAACUCCGUUUUUAACCACACCAAUUUGGCAUUACUACCUCAGGAGUGCGGCUUUUUGCAAUCCAGUAUAAAAAUUAUUCAUGGACAGUUAACUGAUUUGUUCGAAUUUCCAUGGAUGGCACUUUUAUCGUACAGAAAAGGUAACGAAAUCGACUUUAGAUGUGCAGGCACUAUUAUAAAUGAUCGGUACAUUCUUACAGCUGCCCACUGUAUAACGGAGUUGGGGAAAACCACCUUGCUUGGUGUGCGAGUUGGAGAGUAUAACAUAUCGUCUCCCACCGAUUGCGUUGAAUACUUACCUGGCGAUAAAAUCUGCGCAGAGCAGUAUCAAGAUGCCUUUAUAGAAAAAGUAAUACCUCAUCCGCAGUACAACUCAACGACACAGGCAAAUGACAUAGGCUUGGUACGUUUGGCAUUUCCAGUGAACACAUCAAUUGAUAGUGUACAACCAAUUUGCCUGCCCACCAUCGAGGCACUUACCAAUCUAGUUUUCGACAAUGACAAAUUGACAGUGACGGGUUGGGGAUUUACAGAGAAAGCAAAGAAAAGUGAGGUCCUGCUGAAAGUUGACGUAUCAGUAAUGAAAACGGAGGACUGCCAACAAGUGUACAAACGAGCAGCGCCCAAAUCACUCGUAGAAAUUGGCGCAAACCAAAUUUGCGCUGGAGGCGUAGGAGGCGAUUCCUGCGGAGGUGAUAGCGGGGGUCCUUUGCAGAAGUUUGCAGAACAUUUCGGCGAGUUACGGUAUAUUCAACAGGGAAUCGUGUCGUUUGGAACAAAGUUUUGUGGCAUGACUGAUAUACCUGGUGUCUACACUAGAGUUGAUCGAUAUAUGGAAUGGAUUUUAGAUAAUAUAGAACCCUAAAUGCCUAAUAUAUUAAUUAUGAUUAAAUUCACACUCACAGUAUUAAUACAUAUUAACGAUUUUAUA